AUGGAAACCAAACCUCAGAAGAGCCCAGGCAAACAAUUUACAUUCAAUUAUGAAAAUGAAGUCUGCAAACAAGAUUACUUUAUCAAAUCACCACCCUCCCAGCUUUUCUUCUCUGCGAACUCUUGGAAAAAGCGGUUCUUCAUACUAACAAAGAGUCGAGAAAGCGGCUUUAGUCUUUCCUAUUACAAAGACCAGAAUCAACGAGGGUCUAUUGAAAUUGACCAAAAUUUCAGUGUGGAAAUUGGCAUAAGUAACCCUGAAAAAAUGCAGUCUGUACAGAAGAUGUUUAAAUGCCACCCUGAGGAGGUGAUGUCUAUCAGAACCGCCAACAGGGAUUUCUUCCUCAUUGGCCAUGACAGGGAGAAGAUUAAAGAUUGGGUCUCUUUCUUGUCAUCAUUUUGCCGGGGUCUACGAGGAGCUAACCAGAAUACAGAGGAAAGUUUCCCAUUGGGUGACAGACGGCCUACUUCAGACCCCAGCCCUCUCCCUGAUUUUUCCAGUCCACUGGCCGCUGCCAGCUCCACCUCGUCGAGAACCAGCCUGCCAAACAUGCAUUUCACGGAAAGCUUUCCUCCAAGAUUCAGGCAAGCUUCUCUUCCACACGAUUUCACGUCGGAGACCAUUCAAGACACAGAAGAAGAGAAUUAUUAUAUUAGCCCCCGGAGUGUUCUUUUAGAGCUGGAUAAGAUCAUCGAUGCCAAUGACACCGAUGGAGCCGUUGAAACUGCUGGCUCAGCCAAGGCCUUCAAGAGAACAGAAAAUCCUUACAUGUCAAUGAAAUCCUGUGUUUCCAAAGAGACGCCCCACCAGUUGGCUGAGAGCAAAGAAGCAGCCCAGGCCCUUCCAGAAACCCAAGAUGGGGGACUUCACCUGCAAGAAAAAGGCUUAGAAAAUGACUCGUGUCUGUCACCUGCCAGUUCAGAAGCAAAGACUGUGGAUGACAAAAAGAGUAACAUUCCUGAUGAAGGCCAAGUGGAGAAACUGGAUGUGUUCCUUUCUCCUCCUGACAUCAUAGACUAUCUCGCUCUCAUUGAAGCUGCAGGACGGAUAUGUGUGGCCCAGUGGGCAGGCCCCCCGCGCCUAGGAUGCUUAUUCUGCCAUGGAGACCACCUACUGGCCGUGAAUGAUCUGAAGCCCCGAAACUUGGAGGAAGUCUCCUUGUUUCUCAGUCGGUCCAUUCAAAAGGAGAAAGUUAAACUCACUAUCGGCCGGAUCCCAAAUUCAGAGACAUUCCACUCUCCUGACUGUACCUGCCCAGGAAAACACCAGCAGGUUGCACCUUUUCAUUGGGAUAAACCUGAUCUGGAAAAGGCACCAAAAAGAAGUCCAGCCAUCAAGAAGGGCCAGCAGAAAGGAACCGGACAAUAG